AGGCAGCUUGGAAGGGAAGAGAGAGCAGAAGAGCUACAAAGCAGUUUUGGAAAAUCCCAUGCUGAGGUUCUCUGGGUUGUACCAAGAAACGUGUUCUGACCUAUAUGUCACCUGCCAGGUGUUUGCAGAAGGAAAGCCUCUCGCUCUCCCUGUCCGGACGUCCUACAAAGCUUUUAGCACCAGGUGGAACUGGAAUGAAUGGUUAAAACUGCCAGUUAAAUACCCUGAUUUGCCCCGAAAUGCUCAGGUGGCCUUCACAAUAUGGGACAUCUAUGGACCUGGGAAAGCAGUCCCUGUGGGUGGCACCACGGUCUCUCUCUUUGGGAAAUAUGGGAUGUUCCGUCAAGGAAUGCAUGAUCUCAAAGUAUGGCCCAAUGUGGAAGCCGAUGGUUCUGAGCCCACCAAGACUCCUGGGAAAACAAGCAGUACCUUUUCAGAAGACAAGAUGAGUCGGUUAGCCAAG